AUGAGUGGAGUGUCUUCGCCCUCGGCUCAGAGUGACCGCAGCGGAGAAGGGCGUCCUUCCGUCGACGUCCUUUGUGUUCACCGACGCGCCCUGCACCAAGAGCGACUGCAACGCGGCCGCGGCGACGGCGGUGGCGCCCCGGGCGUCGCGCGCCUCCAAUGCCGCCCCGGCGACCACCAGGCGCGCCACUGUCGCCGAUGCAGCGGGUUGUCCACCCACGCUCCGUUCGCAAUGAGCAAGUCCGCGACCUCCAUGCAGCGCGGUGUUGCCGCGCUCGUCCCGCGCAUUCACUUUUCCUCCAUCACCCAGAAAGCGCCGCAGUCCCUUCUCCGCGCGUCCGUGGAGGGGCUGGAGGAGGCCGGGGCGCCCUGCAUGGAGUGGGCUGGAGGGCCAACAAAAGGGCUGCGCUGGAGGGAAUUGGUUCAGGGAACUGAGAGAUGCAAGAAGCUCCUCCACCUUGGGCAAUAA